AGGAAACCAGAGAUCUAAUGCUAUUACAGCCUAAAGCCUAAGAGAAUGAAUAAGCACAGAAUUCAAAGCAUUCUUCAACCUGAAAUUUUAAGGGGUGCAUUUAAAAACUAGGCAACCUGUUUUAUAACUGCUUUAAACUCCAACUAUCAAAGGCGUAAGAAUCAGGAGUUGUUGAAAUUUCAUUAUGAAGGGCAACUUCACUUUUGCCCCCAUCAUCCAAAACAUUACCAGCAGUCUGCACUUCAGGCCUGUGAAUAUAUCCAGCAGCAACAAGUCCACCUUUAACUGCUCACAAAAACCAAUAGAUAAGCAUUUAGAUGUGAUUCCUAUUCUCUACUAUAUUAUUUUUGCAAUUGGAUUUCUUGUUAAUACUGUUGCAGUUAUGCUGUUUUGUUGCCAAAAGGGUCCUAGAAAGGUUUCCAGCAUUUACAUCUUCAACUUGGCUGUGGCUGACUUACUCCUUUUGGCUACUCUUCCUCUCUGGGCAACCUAUUAUUCUUACAGAUAUGACUGGCUCUUUGGACCUGUGAUGUGCAAAGUUUUUGGUUCUUUUCUUACCCUGAAUAUGUUUGCAAGCAUUUUUUUUAUUACCUGCAUGAGCGUUGAUAGGUACCAAUCUGUCAUCUACCCUUUUCUGUCUCAAAGAAGAAACCUGUGGCAAGCAUCUUACAUAGUUCCUCUUGUUUGGUGUAUGGCCUGUCUGUCUUCAUUGCCAACGUUUUAUUUCCGAGAUGUCAGAACAAUUGAAUACUUAGGAGUAAAUGCUUGUAUUAUGGCUUUCCCACCUGAGAAGUAUGCCCAAUGGUCAGCGGGGAUUGCUUUAAUGAAAAAUAUCCUUGGUUUUAUUAUUCCUUUAAUAUUUAUAGCAACAUGCUACUUUGGAAUCAGAAAACACUUACUAAUGACCAAUAGCUAUGGGAAGAACAGAAUAACCCGUGACCAAGUCCUGAAGAUGGCAGCUGCUGUUGUAGUGGCAUUCAUCAUUUGCUGGCUUCCCUUCCAUGUCCUGACUUUCCUGGAUGCUCUGACCUGGAUGGGUGUCGUUAAUAGCUGUGAAGUGAUAGCAGUCAUUGACUUGGCCCUUCCUUUUGCCAUCCUUCUGGGAUUUACAAACAGCUGCAUUAAUCCUUUUCUGUAUUGUUUUGUUGGAAACCGCUUCCAACAGAAGCUAUGCAGCAUGUUUAGGGUUCCAGUUACUUGGCUCCAAGGCAAGAAAGAGAAUAUGUCUUGCAGAAAGAGCAGUUCUCUUAGAGAAAUGGACACAUUUGUGUCUUAAACAUAAGAAUGCAAUGCAUGCUAUCAACAUGGCAGCUUGUUGGAG